AAAGGCUAAUGCUUGAAAUAUUGGCGAGCAGAUACCCAGCAUCUCCUCCAGACAAUGGACAAGGCUGGCUAGCUCAAGUUCAUUAUAAACUACGCUUAGAAAGCGCGCCUGAGCUCUGUGUGUGGACUCGGAGCCGCCUUCGCAGUCAAAGAGUCGUCCAGCUUCAACAGUCUCCAGUCCAGCUACACGACCCAAACAGAGUCUAAGAUGCCCUAGGCGGUGAGGAGGGAAAUGUAAAUGGCUUCCAAAGUAAAAGAUGCUGUGGUGUGGUACCAGAAAAAGAUUGGCGCUUAUGACCAACAGAUAUGGGAGAAAUCAGUGGAGCAGAGAGAAAUAAAGUUUAUUUCUCUGGGCUUGAGGAACAAGCCAAAGAAGACGGGACACGUUAAACCAGAUCUCAUCGAUGUGGACUUGGUUAGAGGAUCUGCGUUUGCCAAGGCCAAACCUGAGAGUCCAUGGACGUCACUGACCCGGAAGGGCAUCGUUCGAGUCGUCUUCUUCCCGUUUUUUUACAGAUGGUGGAUCCAGGUCACCUCCAGGGCUAUUUUCCUCUUACUGCUGGCACUCUAUCUGCUGCAAGUCGCUGCAGCAGUCCUGUAUGUAACCAUCCCGCAGCCUCAUGGGAUACCGGCCACCGAGGUGUUUGGAGCCGUCUUGCUCAUGUUGCUGCUGGGCACCGUCCACUGUCAGAUCGUCUCCACCAGGACCCCGAAACCUGCCUCCAGCAGUGGGGGGAAGAGACGCAGGAAGUUGAGGAAGGCAUCUCAGAUGGAGGUGCAUAGGGAAGGCGACGGGUCUAGCACUACCGAUAACACACAGGAGGGGGCGCCACACUCCCACUCAGCCAGCACCACAUACAGCCUGGGUGCUUUCUUCCAAGAUUUCUGGCAUGAUAUCUGUAAAGCUGGGUCCAAGAAGUCCAAGCUUUCCAUCGAUAAAUCCACAGAAACGGACAAUGGCUACGUGUCGCUAGACGGCCGCGUGACCAAUCGCAGUAGCGAAGAGGGGCUCCAGCUCCACGAGCAGCGAUGCGAUUUGUUAAAUAGGGCUGAUGAGGUGUGCUGGAACCCGCACACGCAGCCUGCACACGGUCACGCUGCCCGCAACACUGGACUGCUGUUGGCCGGCGGUAAUAAGGAGCCGGCGUCGGAUGAGGCUUCUAGUGAGGAGGACCCUGAAGCGUCCUACAGCGCCCUCCGCAGGGGAGUGGAAAGAAUGAACAGUGACUGUGCACUCCGAAAUCGCAAGAAUACGCACCACUAUAAGAAACACUACACUGUGGAGAAUGUCCCCAAGUCUGGUACCAGCUGCAGCUCCAGAUGUUCAAGUCUGAGGACUCAGGAUUCAGAGAGUACUCGACACGAGUCUGAGACCGAGGACCUGAUGUGGGAGGACUUCCUGCACUGCACUGAGUGCCGAUCGUCCUGCACGUCAGAGACAGAGGGAGAAGGAGGAGGAACGCCUGUGUGUCCGGCCAAGAAGGAAUACAGAGACGACCCUUUCCAUCAGGGUCACCUUCCCUGGCUGCACAGCUCCAACCCCGGCCUGGAAAGGGUGAGCGCUAUCGUGUGGGAAGGAAACGAGUGCAAGAAAGCAGACAUGUCUGUCCUGGAGAUCAGCGGCAUGAUCAUGAACAGAGUGAAUCUUUACACUCCUGGAAUCGGUUACCAGGUCUUUGGGAACCUAGUUUCAGUAACACUUGGUCUCACACCCUUUGCUUACAGACUGGUUCAGUACCGUGAUUCGGAUCAGCUGACCACUCUCUCAGCCAAUGAGCUUCUGUCUGUGGCGCUGGGGUGUGGGUCUGGUUCCGAUGUCCUGGUCAUCACCAUGGUAACGCUCAGCUUCCUGGUGCGCGUUUGCCUUAUCUGGCUCUUCUUCUUCCUGCUCAGCGUAGCAGAGAGGACGUACAAACAGAGACUUCUGUUUGCCAAACUUUUUGGUCACCUGACUUCGGCCCGCAGAGCGAGGAAGUCUGAGGUCCCACAUUUUAGGCUGAAGAAAGUUCAGAACAUCAAGAUGUGGCUGUCGCUACGCUCCUACCUCAAGAGACGGGGUCCUCAGCGUUCGGUGGAUGUCAUCGUAUCGUCUGCUUUCCUGCUCACAUUGUCAGUCGUCUUCAUCUGCUGUGCUCAGUUGCUCCAUGUCCAUGAAACGUUCCUGGAGUGUCACUAUAACUGGGAACUGGUGAUCUGGUGCUCCAGUUUGACUCUGUUCCUGCUCCGGUUCGUCACUCUGGGCUCGGAGACCAGCAAGAAGUAUAGCAACACCUCCAUCCUGCUCACUGAACAGAUUAACCUGUAUCUGAAGAUGGAGAAGAAGCCAAACAAGAAGGAGGAGCUGACACUGGUCAACAAUGUUUUAAAACUGGCAACCAAACUACUCAAGGAGUUGGAUACUCCGUUCAGGUUGUACGGUUUGACGAUGAACCCUCUGCUCUACAACAUCACCCAGGUGGUCAUCCUGUCUGCUGUGUCAGGAGUCAUAUCUGACCUGUUAGGAUUUAACCUGAAGCUGUGGAAGAUCAAAUCAUGACAGUGGACUGAGAAACGGCGUCAACACUUCACUCUCACUGACUGGCUGAACGCUCGCCCGACCCACCGAGAGACCGAGCGUCAGCUUCGACAUAUCAGAGUGCUUUGACCUUCAACGUUUCCACUUUGUGCAAUUCACAGACUAUUUAUUUACCCAUUCAGUGUUUAUACCUAGGCUUUAUUUGAAUUCUAGUUUCUUUCAUGUUUUUGUGUUUUGUGACACAAAGUUCGGUUUUUACCUGUCAACAAAAGUGUUAUGAGUGUUUCCCCUAGGUUACCGCUUUGGAGGGGUGACUUCUCGCUUGUUUUUUUUUCCUCCCCUCUGCUCUAAAGCAAAUCUCCCCUGUCGUUUUAGACGGAUCAAGACUUGUUGGGAAGCUUUUUGCAUUUACACACAUGAAGUUGGCUUCAACAGGAGUAACGUCAUCUUCACUUCACAAACAAAAACACAGUAGUGUGCUUCCCCCCCCCCCCACAUUAUUUUUUUUUCCUCUUGCCCCCCGAGUUGUUGGUAGGGGAAACACUGUGUGAAUAAGUUAUUAUUAAGUGAUGGUUGAGGUUCUCAGCUCCAUCUGCAGCUUUUCAUUUUAACUCAUUUGCAGGCAAAAAUAUUUUAUUGUAUUUUUUCCUUUUUUUUCUCCAUUUUUUUUUUUUUUUUUUUGCUUAAACUGAAUGUUAUUUAUAUGUUGAGUUUCAAAACAAAACAGAUUUUAAAAAAGCAAAUGUUAGUCCAGUGGUUUUAUUCAAACAAAUUGAGUUCGUCAAACAGUUUUUAAUUGUAUUACAAACAAAUACUGAAGGUGUAAUAUGUUCUUUAAGAUACAGUAAAUGCUCUUCACAGACACCUUUUAGAUCUAGCUGCUAACUGGUUUGGUGAAGACAUUUGCAGGUGUCUUGCACCUGUUCACACUCAGGCCACAUGCAAAUAUCUCUUAAGGGAAGUUAACAGUAUCCAUUCUCCAGGUAUUUAAAAGCAAAACAAAACUAGAGAGCAGGUGACAUUUACCAAAACCAAAAAGGGAUAAAAGCGACACGGCCGCAGACGUGUGAACAGAAAGAAGACUCAACAUGUCCACAAUUAUUCUUCACUAUUAGUUAGCGUGACCUGAAGCAAGUCCCCUUUCAAUUUUUGCUCGAGUUUAAUAUUACGAUCCGCAUCAGUGGUUUCAGCAGCAUUUCCAGCAAUAUGCGAGUAGAUGGUAACACUUCCCUCGGAGAGCUGACACAGCAUCUACUGUGUCCAUUAAAUUUGCAGGUAAACUGGCUUUAAACGGCUCGACGGUGUCGCCUGUCAGCUUUCUUUGUUCAGAACACAUGCAAAGACUCUACAUUGGUUUCUCCUUUUACUUGUCAGCAAUGUCAGGUUUCUGGUUUAGGUUUACUCUUUAUGAUCUGGGCUUUUACAUAAACAUGUGUCCACACAGGAAGCAAUGUGUCUGCCACGUGUGGCUUUGCAGCUGACAAUCAGUUGCUUUAUUUCCCAAAGGGCCACAUGAGAAACAGACUGUUGUGGAGGGCUGCACCAAUAAGCUGAACUCAAGUCUGCUCAAUAUUUUCUCUUUAAGAUGUUACUGAUAAGAGUAGAUGUUACAAUUAGGCAAUAAAAAUAAAAUGUUGGCCUUUCUACUAUGCCCAUUUGACAUUUUUAUUUGAUUUCAACAUUCCCAAAACUGUGAAAAUAACAUUUAAAGUUAUACAAAGUGCUACUGCUAUUUUGCAGGUAGUUUAAUGGAGCUUUUCAGUUCUUGUUUCUUGUUCAGUGAGAGACAUCCAGUCUGUUUUGGGCUUAAACAAGUGAAUUAAAGUCAGAUUCAGUAUCUGAUAUUUAUUUAUUUUAACACUUUGCCCAGACUGAGACACCUGGCAGCUGUGUGGUAGCCUAUGUCACCAUCUUCAGUCUCACGCUCCUCUGAAAGUAGAACAAACCAUUUUAGUUGCAACAUCAACAAUUAGUCAGUGCGUAAAAUUAACUCUGACAGAAAUACCAGUUUCAGUUCUGGGUUCAGACCUCAUCAGCUAAAACCUAUCCAAGCAUGGAGUUCUGUGAACAAGUCCGUGUCGUAGUACCUUGCCUUCCUGCCAGAUUUUCUAAUAUCUUUUCCUUCCGUUCUUUUAUGUACAAAAAUUAGUAACUAGUCUGUCUCGCAGAUGACACAUCUCUCAUCCAGGGCCAAAGAGAAAGUCAAAUCUGUCCACUUCGAUUUUCCAACCGAAGCUCUAGACUUCCUGCAGUGUCCUCAGUCCAUCUUAUUACGGUUCAACUAGAGAGGGGCACAUUCUCCACCAAACACUAAUUGACUUUUAUUGUUUACUGUUUCUUUGUGAGAAAUCACAACGCUGGGCUUGACUGCUCUAUCCCUGGAUGUGUAGAUUUGUAAAAAAGUCAAGUUCUUGUAUUUUGUUUUAUGAUUAAUCUUGUAAUAGCGAUUCAAACAUACCAAAUGACCACACAGCUUUACCUCUGACUUAGGUUUUUAUUUAGAUGAUAAUAAAUAGUCCACAUCUUGUUAAAAACUGCAGUCGUUCAGGGCUAGUAAGCUCGGGUCUCAUAAAAUAUCGUCAUUUUUAUUACCACUGUAUUUGGUUGCACACACAAACUUAUGUAAAUUUCAAAAAAAAAAAAAAAUUGUCAUGGGCCACCAAUGGUCAGAUAAUGCCCACAUCUGCUCAAAUGUAUCUUCAACCCAGUAGUGUGUCAAUUAACAGUAGCCAGUAGUUGCAUCAAUUCACCUCUAAGUUGAGGAAAGUUUACCUUGGGCCCCAUCAAUACUAGCUGCUUCCUGUGUGGAUGCCCUUUAAAUAUACAGAGAUGACUGGACCAACAAAGAUUUUUGGUAAAUCUCACACUGAAGUUUUCAUGUUAAAAUGUGAACUGAUAACUGCAACUUCUCUGGAUACUUCAUAUAACAGCAUAAAAAUAGGUUGCCAAAAUGUAACGUGUGUCCAACAGCUCGUUAAGCAGCGUACUUGCAUAGCAGAUGGUUUCAUUAUCGACUCCCAGUCCCAGAUCAAACCGUUUCAACUGUCCUGGCAAAAAGCAAAAUGUUGGAUAAAUGAAAUAGAAACUUGUGCUGGAGAUCUCUGCCUCUCCCUUCACUCCACCAGGUCAAAUCUCAAUUAGAGGUUCAUUCAGAUAAUAAAACUGAACCCUAAAUAAAGGUGGUCACAGUCAAUUCAGAUAUUUUAUAAACUGACUGGACUUAACAUAAAAUGCUGUUGAACGCUCAGAGCUCCUUAGACUUUGGUGUACACGACACUUCAGCGAAGUCUUUCUUGUGUCUGUGUGUGAACAAAGACAUGCACUUUAAAAACACAUUCUCAAUGGAAGAAAAGUUACUUUGUAUCAACAUGAUUUUUUUUUUUUUGUACAUCACUCUGCGUGAUACAGUUUGUGCGUGUCUGGUGUUAUAGCGAAUGCUAGCUCAGCGUGUGUACUGGUGAUUCGUGUGAAUUAAAUCCUAAACGGUACGUGAAGUAAUGAUGCCCACAGAAAAGAAACAAAUGGUUGCCUCAGUUCACUGGAACAAGCUUCAUUCAUAUAAAUGCGAGCAUAAUCAUCUUCAGUGUGUUUGAGGAGGAAGACCAAAGUGCUUUUAAUUUAACUGUAUUUGUUUGUCUCUGCUGGUUAAAGAAUGUAUUUAUAGCGUUCUGGUUUUAAGAAUAUUUCCUUUUUGUUCUUUCAUCAUUUAUUUGUACAGGAUGUUUGUUCCUCACCCUCUUUAGAAAAGGCAUGCUCGACUGUUUUUGGUUUUUUAGGAACGAGACGUUUGAAUCGUGUAUAUGAGAGUGAAUCUGAGGAAAGGACUGUGUUAUGAUGCUGUUUUCCAAAAGUCUAAAUAUUUACUGUUUUUUUUUUUUUGUGAACUGGUCUUUCAAUAAGAUCUGUUUUUAUAUGAAUAAUUAAAAAAAAUGGAUGUUGAAUCCUUUAUUCUUUUGUUGUUUAA